UUCCACGUGACUGAGGGCAGGGCUUAGGGAGGAAGAGGCAGUCUGAGUGCUUGAGCGCUGGGAGAGCUUGAUUGGAGGAAAGGGCUGGACCAUCCUGGGGGCCUCAGGAGCUGCGCUCUUGGCCACAGGAAGACCCUCCCCGAGUGCGCUGUGGGGUGGGGCAGAAGCAGGAAGUCUUUUACCUGAGAGUUCUCUGCCUUCCCUGGAGCCCAGGUCUAUUUCCUUGCAGCUGAGCUCUCUCUGCCUCCCGGAAGACAGCUCUGUGCAUGCGGGUUGGAGGGAGCCUGGAGCUAGAGGGAAUGGCCCCUGGGAGCCUCAGACCUCCACCUCAGGAGUUGGUGACCUUCAAGGAUGUGGCUGUGGAUUUCACCCAGGAGGAGUGGGGCCUCUUGGACCAUCCUCAGAAGGAGUUAUACAAGGAGGUCAUGCUGGAGAAUGCCCAGAACCUGCUCUCUCUGGGGAUUCCAGUUUCCAGAGAAGAUGUGAUCUCUUAUUUUGAGCAAAGGGAAGCACCAGGAAUAUUGGAGCCAGUAGCCCUGAGGAGCUGUUGUCCAGAAGGAGAGAUCAGACUUGAAAUAAAGGAAAGUAAUGCAGAGCUAAGCCUUUCUCUGGAAGAAACUCACAAACUUCACAAGAGAGAAAUCUGUGCUGCACGUGAGAGAAUCGCCACUGGAGAGAAACUGUAUGACAGUAAUCAGUGUGGAAAGGCUUUCAGAUCCAGCUCCAAUCUUACUGCUCAUCAGAGAAUCCACACUAGAGAGAAACCUUAUGAAUGUAAACAGUGCGGAAAGACUUUUAGACAAAGCUCUAAACUUCAUGUACACCAGAGAAUCCACACUGGAGAGAGACCUUAUGAAUGUAAGCAAUGUGGAAAGGCUUAUACAUGUAGGUCAAUUCUUAAUAACCAUCAGAGAAUCCAUACUGGAGAGAAACCUUAUGUAUGUAAACAAUGUGUAAAGGCUUUUACAAGUAGUUUUAUUCUUAAGGAACAUCAAAGAAUCCACACUGGAGAGAAACCUUAUGAAUGUGAACAAUGUGGAAAGGCUUUUACUCGGAGGUGUUAUCUUACUGUGCAUCAGAGAAGCCACACUGGAGAGAAACCUUAUGAAUGUGAACAAUGUGGAAAGACUUAUAAACAUAGAAGUAGUCUUAAUCUACAUCAGUUAAUCCACACUGGAGAGAAGCCUUAUGAAUGUAAUCAGUGUGGAAAGGUUUUUACCUUUAGGUCUACUCUUAAGAAACAUCAGAGAAUCCACACUAGAACGACACCUUAUGAAUGUAAACAAUGAGGAAAGUCUUUUACACAGAGGGCUUAUCUCAAUAUACAUCAGAGAAUCCACGAUGGAGAGUAAUUAUGCCCAAGACAUUAUUAAACUGCCCAUACUCUUUGACCCUGCAAUGCCACUAUCAUGUAUAUUUUGAAACAUGAUUUGCAAAAA